AUGACACGUCAAAGGUCCCGCUCUCACGGGGACGGCGAUGAUGAGACCGCAACCGAGACAACCCCGUUCCUCCACCGCGACAAGAACGGGAGAAGCAACGACACGGAAUCACCGACAGUACGUGCUGACGAUGAUAUCCAAAGCGGACACGGAGGUUCUGGUGUGGGCAAAAGCUACGGAACCGGCAGGGAGCAGCAGGACGGGCGACCGCCGGGCAAGCCGCUGCCCAAAUUCCAGAUUCUGCUGCUGUCGUAUGCGCGCAUGAUGGAGCCCAUCGCCUUUUUCUCCAUCUUCCCCUUCCUUGCCAAAAUGGUGGAGCGCAACGGGAAGCUACCCGAGUCAGACGUGGGCUUUUAUAGCGGCCUCAUCGAAUCACUCUUCUCCGCGACGCAAAUGGCCGUGCUGCUGUUCUGGGCUCGCCUCGCAGAUCGCAUUGGCCGAAAGCCCGUCCUGCUCAUCAGCCUCGUCGGUAUGGCCAUCGGGCCCGGGCUCUUCUGCCUCUCCACAACUAUCUGGGAAAUGAUCUUGUAUCGCUGCUUAGCUGGCAUCUUCUCUGGAUCGUCGCUCAUCAUCCGCACCAUGAUUGCCGAGCUCAGCACGCGGGAGACGCAGGCCCAGGCCUACAGUUGGUUCUCUUGUCUUUUUGACACCUACCCCUACGCCUUGGCCGGUUUCGUCAUCGCUGCCAUCGGCGCCACAGGCGCCGUGACCACCGCCCUGUUCCUCGAAGAAACUCUCACCGCCCAGGGUCGCGUCAAAGAUUCCAGCGCCACAGCUACCGAGGAGGUCCCCGUGGCUACGCCUACCUUGUGGGAAGCCCUCAAGGCACCUGGCGUUGCGGUAGCGCUGUGGGUCUACUCGCACACCAUGCUCCUUGCCUAUAUCUUUACCGCCGUAUUUCCCAUUGCUCUCUACACGCCUGUAAAACUUGGCGGUUUUGGCUGGGGCUCCAAACCUUCGAUGAUCUCCCUCGUCAUGGCCGUCGAAGGUGCUAGCCAGACCCUCUGGCUGCUCCUCGCCUUCCCCUCCCUCCAGCGUCGGCUUGGGACAAAGAUCGUGAUGCGAUGGUGCGCCAUUGCUUACCCAUUCACCUUCCUAGGGUACAUCCUCCUGAACUACCUCCUCCGCACUGGCAGCCCUGUCUCUAUGGCCUGGUUCUGGUCCAUUGGAGCAGUCAUUACCAUUCUCGGUCCGGGCGUUUCCAUGACAUUUACGGGCGUGCAGCUCGCCCUGAACGAUUCCGCUCCUAAUCCUCUCUUCCUUGGCACUCUCAAUGCCAUCGCACUGAUUGUCUCGAGCGGCAUACGCACCCUUGCACCAGGCGCGUCGACCGCCCUUUACGCGGUCGGUGUGAGGAACCAAAUUCUUGACGGUCAGUUAAUCUGGAUCGUCCUGAGCGUCCUGAGUGCAGCGUACAUAAUUUGCUGCUACGUGGACAGGCUCGCCCAGCAGGGCUUCGUCAUCAAGUCUAAAGUUCUACAAGACUAG